AUGGAUGGACUCAACUAUCAUAAGCUCUAUAUAUCACAGUUGUUGAAGGCAACUGCACCAAAGGACCCUUUAGACGAGGCCUCACCAUUCUUGUAUGAAUCAUUAAAGUUCAAAGGCGUUUGGAUACAAGGUCAUGUACAGCUGAUUGAUGAUGAAGACAAUGUUGAUGACAAUGACAAUGAUGACAUUGACAAGGAAGUAGGUGAUGAUGGUCCAGAAGGACUCGUAAGGUUCUUGAUCAAUGAUGGCACUGGUGACAUUAUGGUCGUGAAGAACCCUUCAAUCCUAUCGAUCGACUUAACAAAUGGUCAAUACAUACUAGUUGCUGGUCUAUUGGUAUCAUUCGUGGAUGGUGAUGGUCAGGAGGACAGGUUCAUAAUAGUUCAAAAGAUGGCGGAUCAGAAUAAGAAUGCAAAGCAAAGAGAGAGGAUAUGGCACUUGGAGAUAGCUCAUAUUCAAUCGCGAGUAUAUCAUAUCACUGUGCCUACAGAGUCGCCAGAUAUCAAGCAAGAGAUUACAACGAAGCAGGAGGUGGAGAUGGACACUGACAAAGUCAACUACAAUGAUUAUGACUUUACGAUUGAUGAUAAUAAGGACAACUACAACAACAAGAUUGUUAUCGAUGACAAUGAUGAUGACACUUCAUUGAUCAAGUCGUCAGAUUUGAAGGAUAUAGAAUUCGAUGGCAUGGAGUUUGAAUCACAGUCAACGAUCAGAAAGACAACAACCUCAACAUCAACGGCAUCAAUGAUAACAACAACAAUGACAACAAAGAUUAAGGAUGAAAUGGUAUCAAGUGUGGCAAGUGCCACUGGCAAGAACAGUCGUGAUUCCAGUCAACAAGAGAUAGUGGACAUUGACGAUGAAUGGUAA